GCGAUGCGAGCGGAGGACGACGACGCCGGCGGCGGCGAGUUCGUGGGCGCGCGGCUGGACGCCGGCCUCCGCGCCGCGCGGUUCGCGUCGCCGCCUUCUGCCGACGAGUUCGCGGCCGCCGUCGAGCCCAGGAACGCCCCCGCGGUAGAGAGCCUAGCCUCUCCACGCCCCGAAUCCUCUCGAAGCUCCCCACUUCCCUUCCCUUCCCUUUUACCGCUCCUCCCCUUUCUGCUUCCAUCAGUUGUUGAUACAACCCCGUGCUAUGUUCUCCCCGUCAGGUGUUUCGUGGCGUGGUGAAGGAUUGGACGGCCUCCUCUCGGUGGGAUCCUCGCCGUGGCGGCCUUGACUAUUUGCGGGAAAAGGUUGGACCUGAUGUUGAUGUGGAAGCUAUGAUGUCGAGCACAGGGCAUGUGUUCUAUGGGGAUCUUAGAAGCCAUGAGAGGGUGCUUGUUCCAUUCUCCAAAUUCAUGAACUCGUGCAAAUCUUACCUGAGGUGUCCGAAUGCCUCCAGUGACUCACCCAAAGCUCAAGAAAUCCUCAAGGAGCCCGCUUCUUCAGAGGAGGGGUGCUCGAGCAGCUUAGAGAGUUGUGACCAAGUCUAUUUAGCACAAGUAUCAAUUCUGAACACUGAGAACAAAGAGAGAUGUUCACUGGAAGUUUUGAAAGAGGACAUUCAGGAGCCAACAUUUUUGAGAGGAAAACCAUUUUCAUCAAUAAACAUUUGGAUGAAUAGAGCUCACUUGAGAUCAAGUACCCAUUAUGAUCCCCAUCAUAAUCUCCUUUGUGUGGUGGCUGGUUGCAAAAAAGUAACUUUGUGGCCUCCCUCAUCAUCCCCAUAUCUGUACCCGAUGCCUGUGUAUGGGGAGGCCUCCAACCAUAGUUCUGUCAGCAUCGAGGAACCAGAUUAUUCAAGGUACACAAGAGCAAGAUACAUGAAGGAAUACUCUGAGAGAGUCAUUCUAAAUUGUGGUGAUGCUCUUUUCAUACCAGAAGGAUGGUAUCAUCAAGUUGACAGUGAUGAUUUGACAAUAGCAAUUAACUUUUGGUGGAAGUCAAGAAUAAUGAAUGAAAUGUUAGAACAUAUGGAUGCCUACUAUCUGCGACGAAUCCUGAGCAGAUUGGUGGAUAAGGAGAUGAACAAAAUGGUGCAGGAGAAUUCUGUUUCUUGUUCAAAAGGUACAACUGUUUGUCAGCCUACAGAUGAAGAAUCAGGAGGUCCUGAGCAAUUGAAGCAGAAGCAGGUUAAUUCUGAUUCAUCUGACAAAAAAGAUUCACCACUGCAAACUCUGGAACCGUCCACCCUCCAAGCACUUUAUGAACUCAUCUCACUGGUUCACAACAGUGCUGAAAUGGUUAGCCAAAACGAAAUAACAGAACCUACAUCUCAGGAUGCAUAUUGCAAGCAAAGCAAUGGAAGUAAGAAGAUUGCUGCAGAUGAUUCAUCUCUCUUGGAGAAAGAUCCUAUUGCAAAAAUAAUUUUACCACUCAAACCGCUUGAAUUGCAGAGUAUGCUGCUUGCCAUGGCGCGUACUUUCCCAAGGACUCUAGAAGCUCUUGUCCUCAACAUGCUUGGACCAAUAGGAGCAGAGAUACUGACAAGGAAGUUUGACGAGAUGGACCAACAAGCGACAAAAGAGCAACAGAGUGAGUUUUACAAGACAUUCUACAGCGUGUUUGAUGACCAGUAUGCUGCGAUGGAUGCACUUCUUAAUGGAAAAGAAAUGUUUUCCUUUCAGGUAUUCCAGAGUGUGCUGCGCCAAUAUAUUGGGGUGCAUGCUGACCGACCAAAGUUACAUUGGCGGGCCUCGUGGUGCUUACAAAGGGUCAGUGAGCAAACUUCCCCUCGGAAUGAUGUUAUUUUUCAGGCAAUUCCUUGGUUCUUUGAACUUAUAACGGUACUACCCAGCCAAAAGCUAUAUUUUGGGACGGAGUUGGUCUCUCCGUUCCAAAAUGGAGGUACUUACAGUAGUACUAAAAAGCAGUGAUCUUCGCUCGGGUGGCGGGUUCACCUUUUCUUUUUGGAAAUGUUUCACCGUUUGGAAGGUAAGAGGUACUCCACCUUCCAUUCAAACAAAUACAAACGAUUUAACAGCGUACUUGUAAUACCUUCCAAUCAAACAAAUACCAACGAUUAGUAACAGUGCACUUGUAAAGUUGUAAUGCCUUCCAAUCACCGUAGUACAUUUCAACUUUUGAUAUUUCAUCAAAAUGAAGGUACCUGACUACUUUUCAGACACAUGAAACAUUUUUUUCUUUUACCAGUACUUGUUUCUGGAAGCCAGAAAGUGAAUAAAAUGGAAUAGCUUCCGAUUAA